AUGGAAACCGAUGAACAGUUCCGUUCAUAUUGCAAGAAAUACACACAAGUUGUGAUCGACCACCAGUCGGGUGACACAAUCUGCACUGACUGUGGUUUGAUUGUUGGAGCCUACUGCAUCGAUGUCACCGCCGAGUGGCGAAAGUUUGCGGAUAAGGAUCCCAAGGAGGACCGGACUCGUGUCGGUACUUCCUUGGAUCCUUUGCUGGAUAAUGGCCUUCUUACCACUUGUAUUUCCAAAGAAAAGAAGCAAAACAAGAACAAGGACAACACCGAUGGUGUUGUUCCUCCAUAUAACCGGUUGAAUAACGUUGCGACGUCGAACCCCCAAACGUCUCUCACAAAAGCUACAGAAUACCUCGAAGCCAUGGCUCACCACCUAGACAAGCAUGGCCUUCCCGAAGGCGUACUAUAUGAUGCCAAAGUGUUAUACAAGAAGGCCGUUGACAAGAAGAUCUGCAGGGGGAGAAAGUUUGGUGCUAUGAUGGCCGCUUGCCUGUUCCUUGCCUGCCAAGAAAACCAUAUUCGCGAACACCAAAGGAAAUCGCCGGGGCUGCCAACGGACCCUCAAUGA